AUGGUCAUGGCGGUAUCCAAAAAGGGCCGGCGGCCCCACAAGUUGGUCGAGGCAGCUGCGAGGGGCUCCCUGCUGGGAGGCCACAGCGCUGAUGAGAUCGACAACAUCAACAACCUUGGCGGUGUGGUCUCUGCCUUGGUGUUGUCCUUCGUCUUGGGCUUGCAAUACAUGGUCGCCCCCGGAACUGACGAGAUGAACCACGCGGACUACCGGAGCUUGCUGUGCAAAAGCCAGGAGUUCCGCGUCUUUGUUCGAGACGUCUUCAAGACGGAGGAUAUCGGAACGCACAGCGAGGAGUAUUUCAACUUCACGCAGCUUGUGAGACCGGGGACAUACAUGGAUGUUGAGCAGUUUCUCAUGACAGAUCUGCAGUCCACCUGGGGGGAGACAACUUCAGGAUCGGACCACAUAGCUUGCAUUGGAGACAAGGAUGUGCAGACGGUAGUAGCCCUGACCUUCGACGACUUUCCCACCAAGAGGCUUCACGCCUUCGCCCUGCAGUCGGGGGACUUCUACCGCUGGUCGGAGGUCAACGAGCGGAUCGGCUCCAUCGCUGCAGCUCUCGUCUUCUCGGCUCUUCUUUGGAGCAUCGUCCUGAACAUAAGUCUGGCCUUGGCACCGGUGCGCGAGGACUCUACUGGGAGGGCGCUGGUGGCAUGGCUGAUGAUCGGAGGGCCCAUGAUGAUCAUGAACUACAUCUUCCUAUUGGUGGGCCUGAUCCUUUUCUUCGUGACCCAUGGCCGCCAGCUCAUGGCCCUGAGCCCCUUUUCCGGGGCGACUUCCGACAACACCGUCGUCGUUUCCUUGUUCAGCAUCCUCCUUCCCAUCUUUGUCCUGGGCUUGGUCUUGGGAGCUCUUUCCAAGGUCUGGGCGGACUACAACGCGCCGAAGCUGGUAGCGGCUGGCGCAUCAGAGGGAGAGGAGGGAGGCCCGGAGGGGGAGGUGAAAGUAAAGACUGAUGGCAUGAAAGCAGAAGAGACCUAA